ACUGUCGAAUAGUUGAUGUUAUAUUGUUGGAUAGAUUGGAGCAGAUUUGAGACACCAAGCAAGUCAAAGUGUGUUGGUGUGUCUAACAAGGUGGUCACAACGUAUUUUAAUACUGCUCAAUAUUGCUUAACAUUAUCAUCAUCAUCAUUUUUAUCCCAACAUUUUUUGGUUUUUUUUUUUAACAAAAAAAAUUGUGCAAAAUAUAUACAACACCAACGACAUUUAUCAAUUGCGCGCGUAUUGUUGCGCGAAGGGGUAAAUUAAUCAGCCCUUAAAAAACAAAAUAAUAAACAAAUAAAUUGAUAAAAUUAUUAACAACAAAAUAAAUCUAAUAAUUUUUUUAUUUAAAAAAAUAUAAACAAAACAUUAAUGAUUGAAAAUUUGUGUGAAAAAUUUUUGUGUUUCGGUGAGUUUUGACGGUUGCCUCUUUUUUUUUUUUUUUUUCGAUAACUGGAGGGGUAAUUUAGCGUCUGAUUAAAAAAAAAAAAAAAUUACAAAAUAAUAUAAUCAGUAAAGAGAGAGAAAAAAGAAGGCCAUAAAAAAAAAUUAAAAUAAAAAACAUCAACCUUAAGGAGCAAGGCAAAAAGACAGAGAAAAAUAAAUAAUCAGAGAGAGAAAGGGGACGCGUAGAAUUGUUUUUUUUUUUAUUUAUCCUGAAAAACCCAAAGAGAAUACACACAUUCCAAGUUGAUAAAAAAAAAUAAAAAAAAAAAUAUAUAUCGAAAUAUAUAAUUUUCGUAUUAAAAAUAAUUAAUUUUCAAUUGUAUUUUUGGAGUAAAUUUUUAAAAUUGUAGAGAAAAAAAAUUCGAGGAUCGACCAAGUGUUUGAAGUGUUGUUUAAAUAAUAAAAUAUAUAAAUUUGUUUUAAUUUUUUUUUCAUGUCAUGAUCGUUGAAAUUAGAUGUGUAAAUUAAUUUGAGUGGAUAAAUUAAAUUGAGUGUGUGAAUCAUAUUGUGAUUGGAAAAAAAAUAUUAAAAAAAAAAAAAAAAAGUUUUAUUAUAAAUUUUUUUUGUCUUUAAAAGUUAUUAAUUAAAUUGUGGUUGAUAAUUGUAUUGUUACAAGUGAUUAUUUAUAAAUUGUUAAUAAUUUUGUGUUGAUAUAUUUGGAAUUAAGCCCUUAACAAGGAUCGAUGUUUAUUGUGGUGUGAAAAACAUGGCUGAGGAGCUCUUGGUCACGCUCACUAGAAGAAGCGACACCACGGGUUUUGGAUUUUCAUUGCUUGGUACUGAUGGUUUACCACACGUUAUUUAUGAUAUUGUUGAAAAUUCACCUGCUGCUGAAUGUGAAAAGGUUGAAGCUGGAGAUGUUAUUCUAAAAAUAAAUGAUGUUGAUGUCAACAGACUUAGCACUAAAGAAGUGCUUAGACGUCUUCGAUUAUCAUCGGAUCCAGUUACUCUCAAAUUAAAAAAGGAUCCAGCGAUAAAAGCACAUGUACAAAGACUCUUAGCACCAGGAAAUUCAACAUCAAAUUGUCAACAAAUAGGAGAUAAUAAUGAAAUAAAUAAUUACGACGAUAGAAAUAAUAAAAAAUUAAAUGAUAAUAAUAUAACUGACGAUAUAAAUAAAUAUAAAAAAAAAAAAAGUAAUGGUUCAUAUACAACUGAUGCAUCUGGUUCAUCUGAAUUUGAUACAUUAUUGCCAUCAGUUGAUAGUUUUAAAGAAGAAGAACGUGAACAAUGGGAGCCUUUGUCUGGUGAUAAAUUUCCUCGACCAAAAAAUACACCAAGAUUUGAAGCAUACAUGAUGACUGGUGAUUUAAUGUUAAAUUUAUCACGUACACAACAAAGCACUGGUUUUCUACCAAAAUAUCAAAAAAAAGUUGAUUCAUUACGUUACAAUAAUCACUAUACAAAUCGUCAUAAUAAUAGCAACAACAAUAACAAUAAUUAUAACAAUAAUAACAAUAAUAAUAAUAAUAAUCAUAAUCACAAUCAUAAUCAUCGUCAUCAUCAUAAUUCAGUACCAACAAGUCCAAACGAAAUGUUAAAUAAUCGUGGAUAUAAAAAUACAGUAUUAAGUGGUUGUUCAAAUUCAGCAAAUACAUCACCAGUUGGUGGUAUUAAACAUGAUAAUAUAACAACAAAUAUUAAUGAUAAAAAUAUAAAUAUUAAAAAUUUUGGUUAUUCAAGUAAUUUUGUACGUACAUCAAGAUCUGAGGAUCAUUUACAAUUUCAAAAAGAUCCAUCAAUGAGUACAGUUGAUAUUGAUAUUGAUGAUGAUGUUACAUCAAGUUUAAAUACAUUGUUAGAUACAAGACCAGAUAGUAGUCAGGGUAUAUCAAGUGAACGUAUUGUAUGGACAUAUAAUGCACCAGUAACAUCAACAUCAUUACAAAUAAAUGAACGUACAUCAUAUUGUCAUAAUGGUAGUUCAUCACAAUCAACAAGUUCAACAUCAUCAAUUGAAGAAACAAGUCCACAUAAUUCAUUAUCACCAGCAUCACCAACAUCUGUAUCAUCAUCAGUUAUGUCAUCAAAUUCUGGAUCACGUAGAUAUACAUUAUCAACAAAUGGUCAUACACAAACAAAUCAAUAUAAUGAUAAUAAUAAUAAACAACAAUAUCAACAGCAACAACAACAACAACAAAAUAAUAGUAAUAAUAAUUCAACAACAAUUGGUAAUAAUUUAAUAAAUUGUCAUUCAAUAAAUAAUGGUGAUUGUAGUCAAUCAGAAGCUAUUAGUAAUAUGUCUAGUCCAGAUUAUAAUGAUGAAGAAACAAUGGAUAUAUUAAGCUCAAGAGAUAUUAUGAUGGUUAGUGAUCCAAGUGAUAGUGAUUCAACAAUAUUAGCAAGUGAACCACCACAAAGAAAAAUUAAAAAAAAAACAUCAUACAGUCCAGAUGGUAGUGGUGAACAUAAAAUUGUUAUACAAGUUAAAGGACCUGAUAAAGAAAAUUGUGCUGCUGCUAGAAAUUCAAAUUCACCAAGAGGUCAUAGAAGAAGAAGUUUUGGUGAACAAAGAUCUGGAUCAUUUGAAUUAAAGGAAUACGAGGAUGAAAAAGAAUUAGUUAAUGUUGCUUCAUACGAUGAACAGAAACAACAAACUGGUCAAUCACCACCUCAAUCAGCUGAUGAAGAGAGUGACAUUGAGAGUCUACACAGUUUUCAUUAUAGUCCAAAAGCUGUUGAUUUACCAUCAGCUGUUAGACUUGCUAAACGUUUAUAUUCAUUGGAUGGUUUUAAAAAAUCUGAUGUUUCACGUCAUCUAAGUAAAAAUAAUGAUUUUUCACGUGCUGUUGCUGAAGAAUACUUGAGAUAUUUUAAUUUUGAAAGAGACACGUUGGAUGUUGCAUUGAGAAAAUUUUUAGCUCAAUUUUCAUUGACUGGUGAAACACAAGAAAGAGAACGUGUUCUUGUACAUUUUUCAAAGAGAUACAUUGAUUGUAAUCCUGGCUCUUUUAAUUCACAAGAUGCUGUUCAUACAUUAACAUGUGCGAUAAUGUUACUAAAUACUGAUCUUCAUGGUCAAAAUAUUGGUAGAAAAAUGUCAUGCUCAGAAUUUAUUGAAAAUUUAUCAGAACUUAAUGACGGUGAUAAUUUUCCACGUGAUGUUCUUAAACAACUUUAUACAGCUAUUAAAUCUUAUCCAUUGGAAUGGGCACUAGACGACGAGGGUGAUGAAACAGGCUCUCAGAUAAAUAAUCCAGGUGAUGGUCCAGCUUUAGUUGAAACAUGUAAUCCAUUCCUUCAUGUACCAAAUGCAAGUGGUGCAACGGAAUUUAAAAAAGGAUAUGUUAUGAGAAAAUGUUGCUACGAUUCAAAUGGAAAAAAAACACCAUUUGGUAAACGUAGUUGGAAAAUGUAUUAUUGUACAUUAAGAGAAUUAGUAUUAUAUUUACACAAAGAUGAACAUGGUUUUCGUAAUGACAGUUUACAUAAUGCCAUAAGAAUUCAUCAUGCACUUGCAACCAAAGCAUCAGAUUAUACUAAAAAACAACAUGUAUUUAGAUUACAAACAGCUGAUCAAGCUGAAUAUUUAUUUCAAACAAGUGACUCAAAGGAAUUACAAUCCUGGAUUGACACAAUUAAUUUUGUAUGUGCUAGUUUUUCAUGUCAGCCACUUGCUGGUGCAGUAGGUUCACAACGUAAAUUUCAACGACCUUUAUUACCCUGCAGUCAUACUAAAUUUUCACCUAGAGAACAAUUGAGGGACCAAGAAGAAAAAGUAACAAGAUUAGAAGCAGAACUUGAUGAACAUCGUCGUCAUCCACCAGAACGUGGUGCCAAAUCUUUGACAAUACAAAAUUACAAAGAAAAAGACGUCUAUCUUCAAUACGAGUUGAAAAGAUACAAAACUUAUAGCUAUUUGCUACGUUCGAGAUUGGCAUUUACUGAAAUUGAACCAUCACUUGUUGAAAGUUCAAUUGGUGAAGUUGAUGAAAGCAGUGGUGGUGUUGUUGGUGGUGUAUUAAAUUCUGAUGUUGGUGUUGUACCACCACCAGUACCAGAUCGUCCAGCAUCAAAUAGGUAUAGUUACAGGGCUGCAAUAUAUAAUCGUAAUUUAUUAAAUGGUCAAGAUUAUGGUGGUGGUGAUAUUGGUUGACGUGUCAUGGGAGUUAUUUCGGCGUGUGUUAUUUAAUUUAUUUAAUUUAUUUUUUUAUAGCGUAUAAAUACAAAAAGAAUCAAUUAAUAUUUAAUAUUAAUUUUUUUUCUAAUUGUUUAUACGCUUACUAACAUGCCGAAAUAUAAUUUACAUUUUUUUUUUUCGAUUAAAUAUAUAUUAAUAAUUAUUGCAACCAAAAUUUUAAAUAUUUAGAUAAUAUUAUUUCAUCGUGGUUGACCAAAUAGCUCUCUAAUUUUCAUGUAUUAAUUUUAAAUUAAAAAACGAAAAAUUAUUAUUAACAAUAACAGCAGUAAUUUCGUGGUUAUUGUUAAUUUUUAUUUUGAAAAUUUAUGACUUUGGUGCUGGUCUCUGUAUAUUUAUUAAUUUAAAAGAAAAAAUUUUUUUAUACUUACUUGUUUAUUUAUGUUUAAAUAAUUAUUAUUUUCAUGUAAUAUUUAUGUAAUUAAUUUAUUAAUUUUAACUGGAAAAUGUACUGGCUUAUUUACUUUGUAUUGUUAACACACUUUAUUUUAUUAACUCGUAUGUGUCAUAAUUGUUUUUAAAUGUUAAUUCAUUUAAUUUAUCUUUUUCAUAUUUUUUUUGAUAAAACAAAAUGAAAAAUUAGAAUAUAAGUUUAGAGUUUUUGUUGUUAAUGUUAAUAUAAUAUCAACGAAUUUUUAAUUUAUAGUUCAGGUUGUUUUAUUUAUUUUUUUAUUAAUGGAAAAUAGUCAGGUGAAGGAGGAGAAACAAAUUCAUUAUUAAAACCUGAACUUUGCUCGAAAUUUAAAUAUAAUCUGGCAGUUUUUUUUAUAUGUCAGUUAUUUAAUUUUUUUAAUUACCUACUAGAGGUGUCAAUUAGACGAGGUGUCUAGCUCGAUCAUCUUUUUUCUACAUUUAUUUAUAAAACAUAGAAAAACAAAAAUAAGAAAAAAAAAAACUUACAUUUCAUUUAUUGAAUAAUUGUUUUAAUUUUUAAUUUUAAUUAAUUUUUUUUUUUUCACUACUAAAGGUAAUUGACAAAAUUUUCUGAAUGCCAAAAAAAAAUAUUUAUAUUCACAGUCUUUUAAAUUUAUUUUUAUUUAUUAAUUUAAACAAAAAAUUUUUUUUUUGUAGAUUUUUCGAUAAAAUCUGUCUAAAAUGUUUUCUUCCAAUUUGUAUUUUAUUAAAAAAAAAUUUCUGUAUCAAGUUAUAAACAAAAUAAUCGAAAAAUUGUUAAAAAAAAAAGUUAAAUUUUAUUAUCAUAAGAGAUAUAUCUAGAGUAAAAAAUUAUAAAUAAUAAAAAAAAAUUAGUAGGAUUUUUUAAAAAUAAUAAUAAUUCAAUAUAAACAAUGGGUUAAUUUAAAAUGCUCAGAAAUUGAUAAUGGAGGAUGUUCAAAAAUAAUUCCAUUGAAACAAAUAUAAAUUUAUACCUCGAAUGUUUUUUUUUUUAAAUUAUACAACGGCCUGGAAUAAAAAAAAAUGAUAAUUUUGGUUAUAAAUUAUAUUUAUCUAAGUGGUAUAAAUAAUUUAGUAUUUUAUAAAUAAUUAUUUAUAAACAUUCGUUGCAGUAUUAUCUAGUUUUAUCAAAAAGAAGAAAAAAAUACAAAUAUUCAAUUAAAAUGAUAAGGCUCAUUCUAAAAUGCCCCACAAUUAAAUAAAUAAAUAGAUUUAUAUACCAAUUCGAAACGAAAUAAAAUGCUUCAGUGAGAAAAAUUAAUAAACAAAACAAAAAUAAUUAAAGAUUUCACUGAAAAUAUUAUUGCAGUUUAAAUAAUAUAUUCAAUUUUCGUUUUUUUUUUUUCACUGUACUAUUUGUAGUUGAAUUUUUUGAAUAAAAAAAAAUAUUCUAAUGAAUGAUAAUCAAAAAGAAAUUAAAUAAACAAUUAAUAAUUUAACGUAGCAUAUUUAAAGCACUAAAAAAAUUUUCUUUUAUCGUAAAAACUGGUUAUUUAUUUAAUUUAAAAAAUUAAUAAAAAUUAAUAAAAAUGAAGUCUACCAUUUACUAAGUAUUUAAAAAAAAUUCUAUAAAUUUUUACAAACAUAAUAAAGUUAUAAAUAAUAUACAGGUGAAAUAAUAAUAAAAAAAAAAAAAAAUGAAAGUGAAAUAAUGAUAAAUUAUUCAACAAACAAAAAUUAUAAAAAAAAAAACAAAUAAAAUUUAGUAUCGUAGUAGAAAAGUCCUUGUAUAUAAAUCUGUAAAAUAAAAAUUAUAAUCUAGAUUAAAAUAUAAACAAUAAUAAUAAAUAUUAAUCUAAUUGAAUGCUAAUAAUGGCAAUAAAUAAUUAAAAUGUCUUCAAAUUAAAAAACAAGAAAAAAAAAAAUGUUUUUUCUAACGAGUGUGUAUAAUUUACCUUUGUUUAAAACUCUGUUUUUUUUUUACAAUAAUAAUUGCACGUUAAUUAAUUAACUAAUCACAAACAAUAGUAAAUUUAACACUUGAAAAAUAACACAAUAUAAAAUUGCAUGCGCAUGUGAUAAUUAAUUAAAUUAAUUUGUAUUUUUAAUUUGAUAAAAUUUGUAUUAUUUUAUCUGGAUUAAAAUAAUGCUUAUUAAUUUUUUUUUUUUUUUGGAUGAUACAGAGAUGAAGCGACGACAACGUGAUCAACAACUUCACUUCAAGUACUUCCAGAAUUAUUUUCAUCAUUAUAUUAAAUAAAUAGUUUUUAAGCUAACAAUAACGUAUGCAAGCACGUUUGAUUAUUAGAACUGAAAAAAAACAAAAUAUUCUACUUGCACAAAGACUCAUCUAUAUGUAGAAUUUGAUUAAUAUAUAUACUUGAAUCAAUUAGUUAAAAUUAAAUUAAAAGCCACUAUUGUACCUUACUUUUAAGUUAUAAAAAAAUGUUCAAGUUUAUCAAGUAUUUCCUCAUUUGUUGAGCAUUGUAUGUAUAAAUGCCAAAGAGUUGCAUUUAAAUAGUCAUAUUCAUAUUUUUUUACCUUCACUUUGUACAUUUCUUCGUGAUAAAUAUUUGUUUGUUUGUUUUUUGUUUAUUGAUAUUAUUUUUUAUUCGUAGUUUAUUAUUAUUAUAAAUUUAUAUGAUUUUCUAAUGGAAAAAUAAGGAUAAUGAUAAUGAUAUUAUUAGUUACUUGUUUAUUUAAUAAAUAUUUAAUUAAUAAUUCAAGAAAAUAAAAAUGCAUAAUAUAUGAUUUUGACGGGUGAAUUAUACACGACUUGUAUUAUUGUUUUAAUUAAAUGUACGAAUGUAAAUAUCAAUUAGUUGGUACAUAUUUAAUCAAAAAAAAAAAAGUAUAAAUAAAAAAUAAAA